AUGGAGGAGUCUAUGAUACUUGGUGAGGUUGGCGCGCUAGAAACUUCCGUGGAAGAAUCGGUCGACUUGGCGGACCACAUUACUAGCUUGGCUGAUGCUAAUGCAGAGGCAAACGUGCCAAAGAGUCCGUCAGCGUCAGACACGAGUGGCCAAGAGAUUCUUCUGUCUUUGCUAUGUGAGACGUUACCAUCUCCAGAUUGCGAAAGAACAAAGCAGAGUUGGGCUAAAGAAUACUUGAAUAGACUGACCGCGCUUCCUCUUGAUUCGCUUAAAUUGGAACCAUCGCUGGUAAAAGAUGAAGAAGCAAAGAUCCAAGCUGAUCUAGCUGAGCUAUGCUUUCGUGAAUACAAGUCUUUUAUUCACACUAGCGAUUGCUCGGCACAAACAAAAGAUUUACUAGAUAAACUGGACAUUCACUUAGACUUGUUGUUAUCAACCAUUCCGUCGUUUGAGAAGGCUUGCUUGUCCUUUAGCCAGCAAACAGAAGAGAUCUCUCGGGAACGGAACAGCAUCAAUACUAUUCUAGAGAAUUAUAAUAAUCUAGUCGAUAUACUAGAGAUACCACAGUUGGUGGAUGCCUGUGUACAAGAUGGGGCGUAUUCGGAGGCGAUGGACUUGUCGGCAUACGUGACUCGAUUGCUUUCCAAGUAUCCGACUAUUCCAGUAAUCCAACAAAUUGACCAAUGUGUAAAACGUUCGAUACAACAAAUGCUUUCAAAGUUGGUCGCAUUGUUGAGUGAACCGAUAAAUUUACCUGUUUGCCUGAAAGCGAUUGGUUAUUUGCGGAGAAUGGAAGUAUUUGAUGAAGCCGAAUUGAGACUCGUGUUUUUACUAUCUAGAGAUGCUUAUUUUCAAUCUCUCUUACGGGGCAUUGAAAAAGAGAAAAACGAUCCGGUUGAGUAUUUGAGACAAUACGUUGGUAUCUUCAAAGAGAGAUUUUUCGAGAUAGUUGCCCAUUAUCGUAAUGUGUUCUCUGAUGAUGGUAGUUUUAUCUCUUCGUCUCUAUAUUCUGCACCAUAUUCACCGUCUUCUCCUUCGUCACCAUCUUGGAAGGCAGCCAUGGAGUCACCUACUUCAGAAAUAUCAGCAACUAAGCCAGUUACAGCAUCGACGACUGUGCUCGCCGAUUAUACAGUUCACAUCCUAGGACAAUUAACUACCGUGUUAGCCGAAUUUACUCCAUUAAUAAAUGAUACGUCGGCACUUCCUACAAUAUUAACUCAGUUGAUGUAUUGUGGAAUGUCUCUUGGUCGAGUGGGGGUUGAUUUUCGUCAUUUAGUCACGGGUUACUUUGAGACAGCGGUUCACCGGAUAAUCAGAUCGAUGAUAACGAAUGCUACAACAGAAUUUAUAGCUGAAGUCAAUCAAGCUGCCGAUAAAAUGCAAUUGCCGGGGGUCUGGAUGGUUGGUGACAAACGGUCAUCUUCACUAAAUAUUGUGGAUUCGAUGUCUUCUUUAAGAAAUCCUUCCGUGAUAGACUCUUCAUCAUUCACACCACAAAUUAUACUUCUUGAUUAUCCUCCGCUUGCUCAUUUGACCAAUGCGUAUCUUAAUGCUUUCAACUCUCUUCGGAUACUUGCGCCAGUUUCGCUGUUUCAUCCUCUUGGCUCGCAUCUGUCACAAAAUUUAUUAUUUAUUGCACAAAUAUUACGUGAUUACGGGAAUACGCUUGUUGAAUAUGGACAUAAUAUUGUAAUAUUACAAGGAUUCUGCGCUACAUUCGCACAGUGUUUCGUGCCUUUUAUUACGAGAUGUUUUGUUGAUGGUGUAUAUGGAGGGUUAUUGGGUGACGGCCAUGAGCACGGGAUGGGGAUUAUGGAUGGAACAGCAAGUAAAGAAGGAUUUGUAAUUAUUGAUCACUCAAAGAUACUGGAUACUCUAAAGAGCAUUCUACCUACUCCCAGAAAAGUUGCUGUACAUUCGAAUGGCAUGGAGAGUAAUAAAUCUAACGGCACGGUUGAAAAAGCGAAUGGGCGGAAUGAAAAAAUUGAUGAUAACACAGUGGACGAUAUAUCGCUUAAAUCAAAUACAGUCGCAAACGAUAAAAUAGACGAUGGUCAAGUAACAAGUAAAAUGCAUGAUGACAAGUCUGUGUCUUCGGAAGAUCGACGGGGGGAAGAAGUUAAUGACGAGAAAGCAAAUGCGGAUGUAAUAAUGGUUAGUUAA